UCUCCCGACAUUCUCGGCUCUUGAAUUCAUCGCGUUACUCGCUUCGUUCGCCGCCAUGCGUUUCGCAAGUGCAUUUUGUGCUUUCUUCGUAGUCCUCGGCCUGCAUACGGCCAUCGCAAAUCGCCGCUUUGGCGAGUGUCCGACAUCCGGUCACAACGGAGACCUCAUAUGGCAGUUCGAAGUGCGUCGUAACCCGAAUCUGUUUUCGUAUCAGACCGCAGAAGCGCAGUACGGACCCAUGAACGUGAACAUCAGCUGCAUCGAGGUGAUUUCAGGCCCCGGGACGGAGAAUGGAGAGGCGACGAUAACUUCCGGUGGAGUUGGAUCCAACCACGUGAAAUUCAGUUUUGCUACCGAUCGCGGAAAGCCGAUGCGCGUCAGAGUUUUGGUCUACAGACGUCGUUUCUACGACUUGCCGACGAUGUAAUUAAUUAUAGUUAUAUACUCGUGAAAAAUUCCUCGGCGCCGUCGAUUUUCCCCUGUAUUUGCAAUUUAUUAUUACACACGAUUUGCUGUUAAGCGAUUUUGUUUACGCGGCAUUAUACAAGUUGAAAAAUCCGGAAGUCGUAGCUCGUUUCUACAUCGUUCUGUAACUAUCGAGACGUAUUAUUUACUCUGAAUGAUUCUUAUCUUGACUUGACGUGACUCAAUCUACUCUUGUAUAUACAUUACAUUAUGUACGCAUGGAUUUCUGUAAUAUGUUCUCAUGUAGACUUUACUCGCGACCGAGAAGAAUGAAAAACAAAAUUUAAUAAAAGAAUGAUAAAAUAACGAUGAAAAUACAAUUACAAUGCAA